AUGUCAUCAGAAGCCCAAGGCAGCACCACCAUCGACAAGAUCCGGGCUUUGCCAGAUCUCCGAGCACAGCCCAAGAACGUUGCGUACAAGCAGGUUCUAGAGAAAUGGCCUGGCGAAAAAGACAAUGGGCAGCCAGCUGGAUCGCUCCACAGAAAGCAUCGAGGUCUGGACGUCCUUCUCAUCGUCGCGAGGUAUAUCCUCAUCACGCACCCAGACGGCCGCUCUAUCGAGACUGAUUCCAACCCGAUCUUGGAAUUGGCAUGGAAGGACAUGGAAAGCAGUGAAUACAAGGCCAGUGUCGAGGCUAUCAAAGAAGAAAUUAUUGAUCUCAUGACUUCCGACGGCCGUCUGCCUGACGCGUCGUUCGCCUCACUGUGCGAGUCACCCACAAUGCUGGAGACUUUAUGGAAGCACCCGACCCUCCUUCUUUGUGGGCCACUAGAGAUCCUGCGGAAAGAAACAGAAGAAGAGGAGGAGAAAUGGAUGCCUCACCAGAUGAUAGGCGCGGACUUCCUCUCAAAGCUAAGCUUGGUCACUUGGGAUGAAAAAAUGCCGGCCGUCAUUCGAGUUCUAUACCGAGCCCCGGCUGAAUGCCAACGCUCAGAGAAGGACCUGUUGCGUCUCGAAUUUUCCAAUGGCCAGUGUUACACAUUGCUUGUUGCAGUCUGGCUCCGAAGCGACAACACGGCACCAGUUGACAAUGAAGACAAUUUGGACUUUGUGCACAUGUACUCUCUGAAUAUGGCAGAUGUUUUCCCCGUCGUUGCCAACAAAUGCACGGCGCGUUCACCCGACACGAUCGGCCAGGGCGGUCACUCGUACAUGUUGUUUUAUGUCGCCAACAACGCCGCUUCCAUGCAGAAAAACUACGCGAGAUGCUUGAGGACUCCCGAGGCUAUUUCCGCGGCAGCCCCCGAGGCAGUUCUCGUGGCGGUAACAAUCAAGAGGGAAGGCGUCCCUUUCAAUCAUCAAAUCAACGUCACAGCAAUGACACAAGUCGCCGGGAAAGUUUCAACGAUAGCUACUUUUGGGGUUCCCAAGGCCGUUCCGGUCGUGGUAAUCAUAGAGACCACCGUGGCCGUCAAGACCGUUCCGGUGGUAGUAACAACAGAAACUACCGGGGCCGUCAGGGUCAUUCCGAACGAGAUCGUGACUUCAACUCACGCUGAAAUAACAGCGGCGGCAGGGAGUGAACCAAGUUUGACUGAUCAAUAA